GGGACUGCGACGAUGGAUUCCACCGUGCAGUUGACCAGUUUAACUCUGUCCCCUCCAACUUUGGCCGCGCGGCCUGCAUCACCCCCGGGCGGAGCGACGGGUAGAGGUGUACCAGAGCACCCGAUUGGUAUACAGGACAACAUGACAGAGACGGAUAGACAUCAACUACCGGAAGAUGAUAGUCGCACCAUUUUUGGCUUACACACGACAAAAAACCCCAACUCGCCGCAGCCCAAACAGCCGACCCGACCGGCACUACAACUACCGCAGCAGAACGUGCCGCUACUCGAGGAACCGCUGCUGCAGCCGAGCAAGUCCCGUUCGGCGGAGAUUAACAAUGAGAUGAACAUCAAUACCUUGCGAUCGAACUCCAACACUUUCCAGCUGGCCUUUGAUCCGAUCUCGAUGAGCAUGCGG